CGCCGAGGGUGGGGAGGGGAAGGGAAGGGAAGGGGGAAUCGGCACCGCAGCGGGGCGGUGGCACGCCCGCUCCUCCUGCUCUCUCUCUCUCUCUCUCUCUCUCUCUCGGUGUAUGUGUGUGUGGACCUGGACAUGCUGCCAGUCUGAGCCUCGACCGUCUCAGAGGAAGCGCUGCCAAGCCGCGGAUCUCCCGAACUGACUGCCACAGCUGGGUUCAUCCGACCGACGCUGCAGCCAUGGCUCUGAGCCGGGACACGGUUCGCAAUGUCACUGUCCGUGCGGCCGGUGCGCCGCAUUUUCUGCACUGGAAUUACUAGGAGUCAUUCUUUUGCUGGAGUCACUUCGCCAAAGGACAAAACAUUCAGAAAGCUGAAGGUGUUUAGUACGCCAACAACGCAGCGGAAGACCCCCUCUCGAGCUAGCAAAAUGUUCAACAUUUCUCACAAGUCACUUCCACCCAAGAACCCUCAGCCUGAACGACUGGAUGAGGUUUAUGAAGCUUUGAAAAAGGGCCUAAAUGCAUACUUACAAGUUCAUCAGGUGGAACUGGACAGUUUAACAGCCCAGCUCAAAGAUAUGAAAAGGAAUUCCAGACUGGGAUUCCUAUAUGAUCUUGACAAGCAAAUCAAGUCUAUUGAAAGGUUUAUUCGCCGAUUGGAGUUUCACGUCAGUAAGAUUGAUGAACUAUAUGAAUCUUAUUGCAUCCAGCGAAGAUUACGGGAUGGUGCCAACAACAUGGUCCGGGCCUAUUCUACUUCGCAAACCAGCAGAGAAGCAAAGGAGAGCUUGGCUGAAGCUAACAAGGGCUACAAAGAAUACACUGAGAGUAUGUGUACAAUGGAGAGUGAGUUGGAGAACCAGUUAGGAGAAUUCCAUGUCAAAAUGAAAGGACUUGCAGGUUUUGCACGUCUCUGCCCAGGAGAUCAGUAUGAGAUAUUUAUGAAAUAUGGUCGUCAACGGUGGAAAUUGAAAGGUCGCAUUGAAGCUAAUGGGAAGCAAGUGUGGGAUAGUGAGGAGAUGGUCUUCCAGCCUCUGGUUACGGAGUUCCUCGCAAUCAAGGUAACGGAGCUGAAAAGCCUGGCAAAUCACGUCAUAGUUGGCAACGUCUCCUGUGAAACAAAGGAUUUAUUUGCGGCCUUGCCUCAGUCUGUCGCUGUGGACAUCAAUGAUCUGGGAACUAUUAAACUUAGCCUGGAGGUCAUCUGGAAUCCGUUUGACAAAGAUGAUCAAGCAUCUGCUGCAAGCUCGGUGAACAAGGUAGCCACUGUAAACAAACGAUUCUCCACCUACAACCAGAGUCCACCAGAUACUCCGUCCUUGCGAGAACAAGCCUUUUACAACAUGCUGCGGAGGCAGGAAGAGCUGGAGAACGGUGCUGCCUGGUCCAUCUCCUCUGAUUCUUCGGAUGGCUCUUCUAGUCCACAGUUGUCCAUGAGUGUUCGGCAUUCGCCCAAGACACUGGUGCAGCCGGAGAUCCAGGGCACGGUACCUAGGAUCACCAUAACGUUAGCGCACACUGCAGAGGCUCAGUCCGACAGUGCUGUGGGAAGCAGCCAUUCGGACAGAGUGAAAACAGCGGGAGAGACGGAGCACACAACCUGGAACGGAAACGUGCCAAUCUCCAGAACUCUCAGCCAUAUCAGUGAAGCAAGUGUGGAUGCUGUAAUGGACUUGAAGGCCCCAGUGAGCACAGUGCUGGAAGCACAGGCGAUUGCCACGACGAGUUUGGCAGCCUCUCCGCCAAUCCCAGAGGUCAUAUCUGCUCCGGCUUUGCCUGAGGACAGCGUUGAUGCUGCACCGCAGUCUGAGGCUCCACUGGUGAAGUCGGAAAUCCCUCGGGUCCUAUGUAGUCCACAAACUGAGGCUGCUGGUGCUGUCAGGAUAGUGCAAGGUGCUGCCCCCAUGGAGGAGAAAGUCAAAGUCAGUAGCGAGAAGACUAGGCCAGCGGAACCAGUCAAAGUGAAGCCCAUAGACCCAGGCAUUGAGGAAGCUUUGAUGAUAUUAAAUUCCACACUUGAUGAUUAUCGAGGCCAGUUCCCUGAGCUCCAGAAGUUGGAGAUGGAAGUCAAGCAUUUGGAAGAAGUGCUGUUGCAGAAGCAAGGUGUAAACAGGAGCAGAGCCUCGAGCUUCAGCCUGACUGUAGAACACGCACUGGAGAGCUUUGAUUUCCUCAACACAUCAGACAUGGAGGACUCGGAAUUCUCGGAAGAUGAGGCUGAUAAGACUGCAAGGCACUGCGGGAGUGCGCGUGGACUUGCUGCUGGGCCCAGUGAAGCACUGACGGAGGAUACUGGAGUUGGUAGCGGCUCAGAAGGGAGUCCAGUUCCAAUGACAACAGGGAAUGAAUACUUGGACCAGGUUCUCACCCUGCACUUGAAUAACUGCAGCAGACUUCUGCUGCAUCUGGGUAUCUACGGACCUCUACGAUGUCGGGAGAUCUAUGCACUGGACAAGCUUCUGCGAGAAGCCCAAAUUCUAGAAGUGAUCUCCAGACUGAGCGAGGACAAAUCUGGAUACAUAAGCACUGCUGAGGAGGUUAUGCCACUGAUGAAAGACAAAACUGUCUUCUCGUUCUGGACGCACUGUACUGAGAGCCCAAACCUCUACAGCGCCACGGUGGAACGGGUCCUCCAGAAGCUGAACUCUAGUUUUGGCAGCAGAGUGAAUGAACAGUACUCUGGCCCGGCAGAAGCAGUUUUUAUCAAAUUAGUGGAAAGGAUUUUGGACAGAACGUUACCAAAACGUGCCCGAAGCGGAAAUGCAGAGCUGCUGACGAUCUUCCAGUACUUGGGCCACAUUGAGGAACAGAACGUUCCCUCCUUGCCGGCCUACAUCAUGGAGCUGGCAGAGGAAGUAUUCCUGGUGCAGAACCUGCAGUCCUCUGAUAAGGAUGUGGUGCUGAGGGCUCUGAAGCAUCUCUCAGGCAGCCAGCUGCAGAAGGAUGGACUGAAGGCGGUUGGCCUACUGCUGCUGGAAGAGAACACCAAGAUAUGCAACACGGCCGCUUCCCUGUUGAGAAACCUGGCAGAAGACCCUAAGUUCCGUGAGAAGGCCUUGGUUUGUUACUUGGAGCUGCUGGAGAACGAGGACGGACAGCUGAGGAAAGCAGGCUGUACUGCACUUGCACAUCUCAAGGCCAAAGAGAGCAUAGAUCAGUUAGUCUACCUUUGUCAGACUGAUAAAGAAGUCCGUGAUGUUGCAAAACAGACCUUAUUUUCCUUUGGUGAAGAAGGUAAAAUUGCCUUUCGGCAGAUGGAAGAAUCAUUGGACGGUAUGCAGAGGCUCUUGGGGUCGGUCAGCAUGGCUAGCACAGCCUUCUAAAAUAAAAAGGACCUGACUUAAGUAUAAUCGAAAAAUGGCCCGCUUCCUGCUGAAGAGAGUUCCUAAAGCAAGUGGCUUUUAUUGUCAAAGUGUCAAGUAAUCUAAAAGUUGAGCUGCUCCUGAGUUGAACACAGCAACACUCAUAAUCUGUUUGUAAGUUCAGGAGUGAGGCUUGAAGGGAAGUGAAUGGUGCCAUACCAGACUGUUGCUUGCAAUAAUAUCACUUUCUGGGAAUAGUCACGUCACAAUGCCAGUAUUUCACAUGAAUGCACAUGUCUUGACUAAAAAGCCAAAAGCCUAUCCGAAAAGAAGGCCUCCCUGUAAAAGAAUCUACAGCCAAAUUAGGACAAUUUGUGAAAAUGCACUUUGAAUGUUGAGUGAUUGAACGUGUGAAUGAACCACAUGGGACAGGUGGACCUUGAUGAAGGGGCUGUCCUGGUCGACAGAUGUCUCCAAAAGCCACGGCUAAAAUAUUUACACUUCUGCAUGUCUCACUGCUCUGAGGCAGGAAAGAAACGUGCUGCGCCACGUCCAAGUGCCUAGUGUUACGGUGAGGAGCAUACAAGUAUUAUGUGUACAAUAGUUUUUUUUAAUUUAAUGUUGACUUAAUUUGCAGUAAGGGAGAAACUGCAGCAGCAUCAAAUUUGUUUAUUUGUUAUACUAUUUUCCAGAUGGUGCAGUAAAGUUUCAAAAGAUAUACUUUGAUUUUCUAUAUAAAUGUAUUAUGUAAGUAAGAGUGAAUUGUGGAUCAUAAAUAAAGCUUCAUUACAUGCAAUAUUGUAUCAUAUCAAUAAUGUACAU